CCCGGUACCACCACCGGUGACGGUGCUCGCUCUCAGGUAUUCCGUCGCCGUGGUCGUCUUUGGGCCGUCCGACACGGAGCAUGUGUCCAGAAUCGGCCGCCCGUCGCCAACACUUCGCACCGGACGUCGACUGAUCGGACUGCGUGGUGUUCUGGAGCCCGGCAUGGGCUGCGGAGGAAGCACUCAGGCGCCGCUCCCGUUGGACGUUGUCGUCACAUAUCCCCAAAAGGACACGGCAGCUGCGGUAGUGAAACCUCAGCAGAACUCGUGCAAGCCUGCGAAGGAUGAAAACGAUCCUCAGAUCUCCCAGGAGUCCCUUCAUUUGUACUUGAAGCACGAGAAGCGGAUCCAGCUCUUGGAACGUCGGAGGACCCUGCAGAGCUACCAGGUCAAAAUAGACCUGCUGCAGCAGCUCGAAGUGGCCGCCACAAAUCUAGAAAACGACAGACAACGGCUCUCGCAGAUGUUAAAAGCAGUUACGGACCUCUUCGGAGAGGACGAGCUCAUGACCGUCAAGGACGAACUUCUAAAGCAGCGCGAGCUGGAAGGCCUCCUGCCUGAACAAGAGGAAUACCUCGACAACAUGAACCGCCUGGAAGUAUGUCAGAAUGAGCUCAAGGCCACGCAGGCACAGAUCGAAGUCAUCCAAAAAGAAAUCAAGGUUCUGUCGAAGGAGUGUGAAGAGCUGGCACAACUCUAUCAAGACAGAGACAACCUUUUGGACACCAUCUUCGGCGGAUCAUCAGGCAGCGAGCUCGAGGGGCAGCUCGCACUCGACCUGGAGAAGCUGCAGAUCUGCAAGCAGCAGGUGGACCACACGCACUUCAAGUGGUCUCAGGCCCUGCUCAUGGUGCGACAGGCCUGCGCGCAGCUCUCGCGGGCGCUCAAGAAAUGGCGAGACUUGGCCUCAAUUCCGGAAAGUGACAACGAGAAGAGGUACUACUGCGUAAAAGAGACGAGGAACAACCUGAGCGCCGCGCUACAAAACCUGCAGGGAUCCCAACGGUACCUGCACAACAUCGAUUUUCCAUACUGCACCCCCAGCGAGAUCGAGACGGUCUACAAGGCUGUCACCUACAUCUUCACGGACAUGAAGACGCCAGACCGAUACGAACACGCGCUGAACUGCUACCACACAACGUACAGAAGAGCGGGGGCAUUGAAGCAGUGGAUAGAGCUGGUGAUCAACAACGUCAUCAACCACGACCUCGACAUUCUGGAAGAACGAUGCCACGAAAAAUUCGCCCAACUUCGGAAGGAGAGGGUACGCCUGAUACAACAGAGGAUGAAGAACAACACGGGCAAGGACCUAACCCUCGUAAACGGAGACAGCGGAAUGGAAAACGACGCGGACGACACCUUCAAGGACGGACACCCAGUACAGCUGUUCCGGCCAGAAAGAAGUCUGAGCAGGGAAAGCUCGAUGACUCCCGACACCAGUUCAACCGCAGGUCCGACUCCAGUUCCCACGUCCGACCUGGCUCCGAUGCCACCGACCGAGAAAAUAUUCGGGAAAGUGGUUGAGCUGCGCCACCAGCAUCACGAACAGAUGAAGGCACUGAAGAAAGUGCAGGCACUGCGCCAGGCAAGGCUCAGCAAGGCUCUGCAGCGCAAGAUCGAAGCUCGCCGCCACAGAAAGAGUGUGACGCCCCAACUUAGGGAAGCGUAA